AUGUCUAGAACAUUCCUUCUAAGAAUAGCCACUGAAGAGUCUAUAAAGACGAAAGGGCUGGUUACUUUGUCUGGCCAGAAUUCGUCCAAGGCUCCUCAACCUCAGGCCAAGAAAGCUGGCCCUUCGAAACCCAAGUCGUCGUCGACGCCUUCGCAGAGGAAGCCUCAAACCAAGGCUUCCAACAAGGUCGACAACAAGAAGAAAGGGAAGGGGAGAGCUCCCGUCAAGAACGAUCCAAAGGGAAAGGGAAAGGCAAGAGCCUAG